AUGGAAGGGCCGACCAUCACCGCCACAGUGAAUGGUGACCACCAUUGCUUCGCCGGUCGGGAACCACUUACACCUCAGAAUUCUCAGAAUACCGCGUCACCGGUUCACUCCCCGAGAGUUCAAAAGGGCGCCCAAGACGGAAUAUCGCUGAAACAGAACAGAGGUUCAACCGAGUCGGACAAUACACAACUUCGACCAGACGAAGGGCUGGGCAGUGGGCUCGGAACGCGAAAUGGAGUUGGGAACACCCCCAACGGGGUCAGAGAUACGGAUCAUGUCCAUGCUGUGGAAAUAACGACAUUCAAAGACAUAUUGGAAGAUUGUGAGACAACAACCCACUCUUGGUCGCUCCCAUCCGCUGCAGGGUCAGGCCAAUUGGUCAUGGGGUGUAUCCUUGAAAGUCCAAAUGGAAUGGAGGUCGAACAAAAUGGAGGAAGAGUGCACAAAUCAUCGCCAGACAAAGUGCAAAAACCGACGACUCCGGUGGUCUCUCCUGUUCGUGCUGUCGAUCCACAAAUUGCAGCACCCACCUCCAACGGUGAGCUGAGCCCUCACAGAGUUAUAUCCGUUUCCGACAAAGUUCCUGCAUCUCCUCACGAAGGUGUCUUCAUUUCGACUCCGAAGACUGAAUCAAGCACACUGGGCCGGUCAGAAACCUCAGACACAAAACGAAGUCGUAACCUCACGAUCGAGACUAGUAUCCAACCAUUUCAAUCUGCAGGCAGUCCUUCGCUCAGACCCAACCUCCCGCAAAGGACUCUAUCCACUCCCGGCUCAGUAAAGAGCCCUCAGUCUCCCCAGAGGCACGAUAGAAUUGGCUCACGGCCAACUCUCAAGAUUCCCGAGACCGGGACAAGAGUUGAUGGAACUCAGGGGAGAAGGCAUUCGUCUUCUGGACGACCUCUCCCAUCCCCCAUGCCAGCAUCUAUUCCAUUGCCGCCCUUGUCGAUCCCGACAUAUCUCCAGCUCGAACUGUCCUCACAACGACCCUCUCAGCUCUACAUUCACAGGUCCGCCAACAGUGACUUUCCAUAUGAGUCUUCACGAGCCAAGAUUGAGAGACUGAUGAAUUUCUUGCUACUCCCAAUGUAUCUUGAGAGAGUCCUCUGGUUCGGAACUCUUGCAUGCCUCGAUUCGUGGCUCUAUACCUUCACAAUCCUCCCCCUCAGGCUCCUUAAAUCAUUGUACAUCUUAGCCUAUUCUUGGUGCAUGAACUUCGUGAGUGAAGUGCAUUUCGUCUCGAAUUUUGUUUACAAUGGGACUGGAAGGAUGUGGAGAAGACGGAGGAGCAGUCUUGUGCAAGCUUCGACACGGAAGCCCUCGGGUUCCGACACUGGCGAAAGCAAACCUGCUCCAGCUGUUCCGUCGCAAAAUCGCAGGCAGGGAAGACAGCAUCAGAGAACAAAGUCAGUGCCAUCGGCGUUGCUUCCUGAUGACAAAGCGGACAUGCUUAAGGGGCUGCUGAUCAUUUGCACAUGUCUUAUCCUUCUCAGACUUGAUGCUAGCCGGAUGUACCAUUGGAUUCGUGGUCAAGCCGCCAUCAAGCUCUAUGUCAUUUACAAUCUCCUGGAAGUCUGUGAUCGCCUUUUUUCUGCAAUAGGACAGGAUGUCCUUGAAUGUUUGUUCUCCAAAGAAGCCCUCGAACGGAAGCCAGAUGGCCACAGCAAAGUUUUACGGCCAUUCUGGUUGUUCGUCCUCGCACUCACCUACACAGUCAUUCACUCUACGGCUCUGUUCUACCAAGUUAUUACUCUCAACGUGGCCGUCAACUCAUACUCGAACGCUCUCAUCACAUUACUAUUGUCAAACCAGUUUGUGGAAAUCAAGUCCACCGUAUUCAAAAAAUUUGAGAAGGAGAACCUCUUUCAAUUGACAUGUGCCGAUGUCGUCGAACGUUUCCAACUCUGGCACAUGCUCGUUAUCAUUGCGUCCCGCAACAUCGUAGAAACAGGAGGACUGAGUGCAGGAUUAAGUGCUUUUGCCAGAGCAUCGACUUCAAUAGCAGCACCUCCACUGAUUACGAAUAGCAGCAUCCCCUUUACCAGCGCUCUGCCUCCGCGAUCGGUGAGCUCGAUCCUUCCAAAGUCAUUCACUCUGUUGCCGGCAGCGGUCAGUACGAUAACGUCGUACGCACCAGCUGUCAGUCAGGUCCUAGGGCCAUUUUUGGCCGUCCUUGGGUCUGAGAUGCUGGUGGAUUGGCUCAAGCAUGCCUACAUCAACAAAUUCAACAACACCCGGCCUGCAAUAUAUGACCGUUUUCUGGACGUCUUGGCGAAGGAUUAUUACACGAACGCCUUCGGAGACCAAAACCUAACCAAGCGAUUGGGCUUACCGGUCAUCCCCUUGAGCUGUCUGUUAAUCCGGGCCACUGUGCAAACAUACCAGAUGUUUAUGGCAGCCUGGGUCCCCCCAAGCUCGCCAACCUCAUCGACCAGCCUGGCAAGCAUCCACAAACAUUACUCUGCAGCUCGCUCAACCAUGCCGAUGACCACAAGCACCGCGAUUUCUAGAACCGUCGACGACAUCAUCAGAGCCAUCCCCGCGGCCAUCACCAGCUCCAGCGUCGUCACACACAUGACGACCAUACUAUUAUUUCUCCUAUUUUUCCUCAUCUUACUGGCCUGCAAGCUGGUUUUGGGAAUGCUCCUCCUCGCCUUUGCGAGAUCUCGCUACCGGUCGAUGAAAAUGCGCGAGAGAAAUCCCAUUUACCAUGUCGAUGGCGGUCGGCGUGUCGGGGGAUGGGGCGUGGUUGAAGUCGACGACGACAAACGUAGAUGGAUCUACGAGGACGACCCUGCGGGCCUCAAAGCGUUGCGCGACAGGGAGGAAAAGGACAAGAAGAACAAGGAAAAGGGAACCGGGGUCGAGAGUUUUGACAAAGUCAGACGGUAUGAGAUGGUGGCCAAGAGGAUAUGGUAG